CGUGCUGCCCGCCGCCGGUGGAGGGGCGGGGACUGGAAGCUGUGGGCCGGGGUGGGCUCCCCGCGGACUGGCUUCUGCGUGAGCAGCCAGAGGGCUGUGGCCGCCUCCGCGCGCCGGCAGAAAAAAGAAGAAAUGUUUCAUCCGGAGACAGCCUGAUUCUAGAAUACUGAGGUGUUCUAAAAACCAUCGCAUCAUAUUUAGAGAUCAUCUUCACUUAGUUGGUUAAAUCGUUGCAUGAAAGAAUGUCCCUGGCUGCUUAUUGUGUCAUCUGCUGUAGAAGAAUGGGAACCUCGACUCCUCCGCCAAAAAGCAGCCCGCGCUGGAGAGAGAUCAGAAAUAUAAUAAAGUUUACUGGAUCACUUAUUUUAGGGGGCUCUUUAUUUAUUACAUAUGAAGUUCUGGCCUUGAAGAAGUCUUUGACAUUAGAUACUCAAGUGGUAGAAAGAGAAAAAAUGAAGUCAUAUAUAUAUGUGCACACAGUUUCUUUAGAUAAAACAGAAAAUCAUGGAAUCACCUACCAGGCAAGGAAAGAGCUUCACAAAGCAGUAAGGAAAGUAUUGGCAACAUCAGCCAGGAUAUUACGGGGUCCAUUUGCUGACACUUUUAGUACAGUCGAUAUAGAAGAUCACGACUGCGCCGUGUGGCUGCUGCUGAGGAAGAGCCGGUCUGAUGACAGGGCAGCCCGUCUGCAGGCCGUCCAGGAGAUGUCGGAGGCCCAUCACUGGCACGAUUACCAGUACAGGAUAAUUGCUCAAGCCUGUGAUAUGAGAACUCUUACUGGUUUGGCACGAAGCAAAGAGAGUGAUCUUCGGUUUUUUCUCCGCCCUCCUCCUCUGCCAUCUUUAAAAGAAGAUUCUUCCACUGAAGAAGAGCUCAGACACUUGCUGGCUUCUUUACCUCAAACAGACCUGGACGAGUGUAUCCAGUGUUUUACAGCUUUGGCUCUGAGUGAGAGCAGUCAAAGUCUCGCUGCUCAGAAGGGUGGUUUAUGGUGUUUCGGAGGAAAUGGACUUCCUUAUGCGGAAAGUUUUGGAGAAGUUCCUUCAGCUACAGUGGAAAUGUUCUGUUUGGAAGCUUUAGUAAAGCAUUCUGAGAUACCCACACAUUGUGAUAAAAUUGAAGCAAAUGGAGGCUUGCAACUACUGCAGAGGCUGUACCAACUUCACAAGGACUGUCCUAAAGUACAGAGAAAUAUAAUGCGUAUCCUUGGAAAUAUGGCUUUGAAUGAACAUCUUCAUUCUACUAUAGUUCGCUCAGGCUGGGUUUCCAUACUGGCGGAAGCAAUCAAGUCUCAGCACAUCAUGGAGGCCUCUCAUGCCGCCAGAACACUGGCUAACCUGGACCGAGAGACUGUGCCAGACAAGUACCAGGACGGCGUGUACGUGCUGCACCCGCAGUACCGCACCAGUCAGCCCAUUAAAGCAGAUGUCCUUUUCAUCCACGGCCUGAUGGGGGCGGCAUUCAAAACGUGGCGCCAGCAGGACAGUGGUCAGGAUUUCCCUGAAAAGGUCCCGGAAGAUGAAACCAAAUACACAACGUGCUGGCCCAAGUCUUGGUUAGCAAGAGACUGUCCUGCUCUCCGAAUAAUAUCUGUGGAGUAUGACACCAGCCUCAGCGACUGGAGAGCCAAGUGCCCUACAGAAAGAAAGUCCAUCGCAUUCAGAAGCAACGAACUUCUGAGGAAGCUCAGAGCUGCUGGUGUUGGGGACAGGCCAGUGAUAUGGGUGUCACACAGCAUGGGAGGUCUUCUUGUCAAAAAGAUGCUGUUGGAAGCCUCGAAGAAGCCAGAAAUGAGUACUAUUAUAAACAAUACCAGAGGAAUAAUUUUUUAUAGUGUCCCUCAUCAUGGAUCCCAUCUGGCUGAAUACUCUGUUAAUAUUCGCUAUCUUCUCUUUCCCUCUUUGGAAGUCAAAGAACUCAGCAAAGAUUCUCCCGCCCUUAAAACACUACAGGAUGACUUUCUGGAGUUUGCAAAAGACAAAAACUUCCAGGUGCUGAGUUUUGUAGAAACACUACCGACCUACAUUGGUAGCAUGAUUAAACUCCACGUGGUGCCCCUGGAAUCGGCAGAUUUAGGCCUUGGAGAUCUAAUUCCUGUGGAUGUUAACCAUCUGAACAUUUGUAAGCCAAAGAAAAAGGAUGCUUUUUUGUACCAGCGCACCUUACAGUUCAUCCGUGACGCUUUAGCGAAAGACCUGGAAAACUGACAGCCGUCUUCUUCCCUUUUCAUAAGUGAACACAGUGCAAGAAACGUGCUGUUCUCUUUUUUAAGCUCUACGCAAUCAUGCAGACAUAGUCAUUGUGGCAUCCAGCAGGCUUGGAGUACGUCGCAGGCAACGGGCUACUGUUGUGUAAAACACGAACAUAAAAGUGGCAAUCAAGAAUGAAGGGAGGGCUAGACUGGACGGUUUUGAGUUAAAAAAACACCAAAAACUUCCUGUGUGCCAGUUUAUUUUGUGCAGCGUUGUCCCUGGUGAUCGGGAGCAAGCUGCUAUGGCUACAGAGCAUGUGUCCUGUGACGUCUGCCGUCUGUGGCCAUCCCCAGCUUAGCACAGAAAUGCCUCUCGGAGGGAACCUAAAGUGGAGAGAAGGAACUAGAACCUUCAAGACUCUGUUUUGGGUCUGGGUUUCCAUGUGCUGUAAAUUUUUAAAACCUUGUCAGUGUAAACCUUUGUCUAACGUGUUGGCUUUGUUAUACCUCGUGUCAUCCAUGGGUCAGUUCCUGGUAAGUUUUUAUUUUCAUAUUGCUGAGAACAAGUAUUUUUCUUUUUCAAAGAGUUCUAGCCUAUAGUAAUUCCUUCCAGGCUGUAGCUCCCUAUACUUUUAAUUUUUCUCAGAUAAGAAGAAUAAAUCCAUUAUUGAUCAGAGUGUGAAAUAAAACUAGUCUAAGCCAAUACACGUAUUAGCAACAGUAUCAAGAUCCUCAGAUUCAUUUUAGCAAAAUAAAGUAUACCUUUCCUUCUUGCUCA